AACCCGACCCGAAUCAAGCCCUAGCUAAAACCCAGGAGCGAAGCAGAGAGAGGAGACAGUGAAGAAAAAAAAUGGCCGCUGAUGUGGAGACGUGUAACAGGAACAAAGCUUUGAUCUUUGCUCUCUGCAAAUGCCUCUCACUCGAUCCAAGCAAAUUUUCAAGCGCAAGUGUCGAAUCGGGUGAUCUUAUGAGUUUGUUCUCGAAUAUUUUGAAGCUAUCAGGGAGUGAUGUUCCCCUAGCAAAUCAAGCUGAGGUAAUGAAGUGGGUAGAGUUUGCGAGUAAUUUUCCAUGCGAACCUGAGGCUUGUUUUGCGAAACUUGAAGGUCUGAAUGAGGAUUUGGCCUCAAGGGCUGUUCUUUUGGGUUCCGGAUUUCAACCCUCAGAGGCUGACAUUGUUGUAUUUUCUGCAUUGCACUCUAUCGUGAGCAAUCUUUCUGAAGCAGACAUGCAGAAGUACCAAAAUAUUGUAAGAUGGAUGGACUACAUUCAGAACAAGGUAGAUUUUGGGGGAUUGCUUGCAAAAAUUUUGGUUAGCCAGCCUGCAUUUGAACAUUUUAGCUCAAUGCAGGUCGAUAAGACUACUGUUGAUCAGAUUUCAAAGAAAGUUGAUAAGUCUAAUGCUGAUACGAGUUCAAAGAAAGUUUCUCAGGCCUCAAAGGAUACAAAUAAGUCAGAAGGAAAAGUAAAUUCUGUGAAAGGUGCUGCUGAGAAAAAGACUUCUGGCAAUGAUAAACCUGCUGUUGAACCAAGGAAGAAUAUCAAGAGCUCUGAGGAGAAGAACAAACAACCUGAUAAGGAGUCCUCUGAAAAGGAUGCAGAAACAAGUAUUACUAUUCUUAAUAUACAGGUUGGUCUUAUUCGAAAGGCAUGGAAACAUCCAUCUGCUGAUAGCUUAAUAGUUGAGGAGAUUGAGCUGGGAGAUGGUAACACACGUCAAGUCGUGAGUGGACUUGCAAAAUACUGUAAUCCAGAGGAUCUUACUAAUCGUCGGGUGGCGCUAAUUACAAAUGUUAAACCUGGAAAACUACGAGAUGUGAUGUCUGCUGGCUUGGUAUUAUGUGCUUCAAAUGAAGACCAUACAGCAGUGGAGCCUUUGAGUCCUCCAGAAGGAGCCAUCAUUGGGGAGCCUAUCUCAUUUGCAGGGUAUGAUGGGAAGCCAGAAGAUGUUCUAAACCCAAAGAAAAAGCAGUUGGACAAGAUCACACCGCAUUUGUACACGGACGACAAGGGCAUAGCAACCUACAAGGGAGUCCCGUUCAUGACAUCCGCGGGUCCAUGCACAUCUUCUAUCGCGAAGGCAAGCAUCAAGUGAGAGCAUGUAUUUCCCCGAAAAGAAAAAGAAAAUUAAAAAAGAAAGCGUCUUUCAUCCAGCAAAUUGACCCAUUUUGAGAAGAAGAUGAAAGUGAUGCGAUUUUUAUACUGUUGAGUUGUAGAUUGUACUCUUUAAGAUCAAAGAGAAGGUGUAAAGAAGAUGUAAAAGAUUUGCUUCUUACUACUAGUAUUUUGCUUGCAACUCCUUUGGCUUUUGUUCUGUUAAAAGCACGUGGCAUCUGUUUCUGCCUUGCUCCUCUCUGAGAGGCACAUGUACUUUGCUUGGCUACGGAGUUUUGGAGGUUUUGCUGGAUUGGUCCUUUAUUUGAUA